AUGCGGACUUCACCUUUACGGCGACGAAAACACAAAUUAUUAGCCUUCUGCUGUAAUCCAUUAAUUUGUGUUUUAAUAGCACUAGCCCUUCUGUCUCUAAUGGCUUUGAUUGGUGCUAUUGCAACUAUCGUCGCUGUUUUACUAAAGCCAAAAUUAAGUACAGAUGAAACAACAGUAACGACGUCCACUAUUACCACCAUCACCACAGAAGCGAAUGUUACAACACCUACAACGGUGUCCACAGCAACCACCACCGGCGCUACUAGUACUGGUACUACAGCCGGCAGUACUAGUACUGGUACUACCACCACAAUUGCUAUCCCAACAACUGUGAUAACCACAACCACACCCCAAACUACUACUGCUGCAACAUUUCUAAUUACUGCAAAUAAUAAUUAUGUCCUUAAUGCCUCAUCUUACGGUUGUCUUUCAACUGUAAAUGUUACAGCCGAUAACGGUGCCACUAUUGACAAUAUUUGUACAACAGGUGUUAUCAAUAUUUUUGCUGAUAAUCAUGCAGAUGUUAAUAUGACACGAAUAUCUGGACAGUGUCCGACAAUAGCAAAUGUAAAUGCUAAUAACCAUGCUACUGUCUAUGUUUGUGCAACACAAACAGUUAAUGUAAUAGCUGAUAAUGGUGCCGCUGUACAUUAUAGUCAAGGAACAUUGAAUUAUACACUGAUAUCGAAUGGUGCUGUAGUAGUAAAUAAUUAA